UGCCUGCUUUUGGUCGAAGAAAUGGAUGGUUUGAGUUAGCUAAUUUCCAACUAAGCCUCCAAAGUACAAACCAGGGGAGAAAAAGAUCAAUACCAGAAAGUUGGAUUGACGAGGCUACUUGGAUUGGCGCUGGCAACCGGAAUCGACGUCGCGGCCCGAAUUGGGUGCACAGCUGCCUGCUUAAUACACACACACAGUCUAUACACCGCCUGAUCGCCCGCGUGUUGUGUGUAUGUGUUAGGGGGAUAUUGGGUGUGUGGUAUUAUGCGGCUAUAUGGCGUUCAAUAAAAUCGCUACUAAUCCGUUAUAAACUGCUGUAUGUGAGCGCAGAUGGUUGGCAUUACAAAGAGAACGCGGCGCCGCGACCGGUCUACGUGUGUGUGUGUGUGCCGACAGUGACGAACGACGAAGCUGUACCGUACCAUUUGUUAUCCCCCACCAUUGUAUUUCCAUGCGUUUUGUAUGGAAUUCUCUAUUGCCCACUAUCCCAUGCUAAGCCCGCUCCGAGCAAACACUACAAACACUAGAAAAACAUUAUGUCCCAAUAUCCUAAGAGCGGCGGGACGGCAAGUGUAAAGUUUAAUCUUCCCGUAUCGCGCCAUUCCAGCGUGCCAGCCGCCGCCGCACAAUCCUCGCGCACUAAUCAACGCGAGAAGCCCAAUUCGUGUGUUCUGGUGUACAUUGGUACGAUUCAUCGUGAUUUACUGCAGCACCAGCAGCAAGUUUCUUCAUCGGCCUAUCCAGUCAACAGUGCCGCUAACAGUCUACAGCAGCUGACGGAAACCGGUUUAGCCGAUACAUUUAUCUCUUCAUCGCCACACGCCGACGAGCGUGAGCGACUGCUCGGCAGUUUGUCCGCUACAACGACCAUGUCCAGUCGUUUCUCACCUGCCGUCGACCAGAAUCAGCUGGUACGGCAUUUUCUCAAGACCCAUCCCGAAGUAUCGGAAGCACUGAUUAAAGAGUUUCUGAUUGAGCAUCCCAAUUCCGCCGCCAAACUACUGCGGAUCUUUCGUAGCGGGAAAUCAACGACUGGCAGUAAAGGCAACAAGCAGCGACGCCAAUCAGGCACAAGUUUACCCAGCAACGCCAGCGGUCUCGUAAAUGGCACGUUGACGGGUAACGAGAGCUCCGCCGGCGCUCAGGCUCAGUCGUCAGCAUCAUCAUCCAGUGUACAGCAGUUGACAGGCAGUAGUAAUAGUGGUAGUACAGUCGCACCAGCAACAGCCGCUGACGAAGCAACUGCCGUGGAUGAUGAUGAAGAUGGGGAAAUUGCGGAUGACGACGGGGAGGAUGCACUGGAGAAUAUACGCAGUGUAGCGCAGGAGAUUGUCAGGAAGAAGAAUAAUCUGAUUAAUUACGAUCCCACCUUGGCUUCUACCUGGUCCAAUAAGACCAACACCAACCGCAACCUGGAUGCCAAACUGAAGGAACACCAGCAGUAUCUGGCCGAAGUGGCCGCGCUGGACGAGAAUGAGCUGUUCAUGGAGCUUAUCCGUGAUGUCGCUAACGAGCUGGACAUGGAAGUGUUAUGUUUUAAAGUCAUGACAAAUGUGGUGACCCUGGUGGGCGCGGACCGGGGCAGUUUAUUCCUCACCCGCAAGGAAGGCGGCUUGAAAUUACUUGUCAGCAAACUGUUCGAUGUCACCGCCGAAUCGACGGCCGCCGAAAUCAUCAAGUCCAAGGAGACGGAAGUGAUUGUGCCCUUCGGCAAAGGAAUUGUUGGAUCGGUCGCGGAAACCAAACAGUCAAUAAACAUUAAGGAUGCCUAUUCG